ACCGGUUAGGCCCAUCCCAUACCAGGCUCGUUCGGUGAGUUAAGCCGGUCGAACAGGCUGACUCAGAUAAUUAAUCGAACCUAACAGUGUCAUGCUUAAACGAACCGUACUUCAACGGGUCCUGACCGGGUUGGGUAAGGCGGCACGUUUAGACAUCUCUAACUGGAACCAGCCUCACGCCGCUACUUUAAACCCCACAAAGUCCUCAACCGAGAGAGGAGAACUCGAACAGACAUCCGCUCCCCGCUCCCGAGUCCCGAGUACCGACCUCGCGGUCUCGGUUCGGCUACGCCCGGUCCCUAGAGAAAGGCCACACACACUGACACACCCGGACACCCCCCACUUCUUGGCUCUCGCAGUGUCGCUCACUCCUGCCGCCACCAUCUGGAUCACGUCGCCGGCGCCAAUGUCGGCGCACCUCACCGUCGCGCUGUUGCUCGCAGUAGCCGCCGCGUCGGCCCGCGGCUCCGACGUGCCGUCGUUCCCGCUCUCCCAGGCGCAGUCCCCGUCCAACUCCUCGUCCCCGUCGAACGCCUCCUCGCCGCCGUGUCACCUCGACCUCUCCGCCGAGCUCUUCGGUGGCGUGGCAGCGGCGUGCGGCGCCAGCGGGGGGCCGGGCUCGCUCGACCGCGGCCGCUGCUGUCCUGUCCUCGCGGCCUGGCUCUUCGCGGCGCACGCGCGCACCGCGCUGUCCGUGCCCCCGGCACCCGCGCCCUCGGCGGUCGCCGGGGAGGAGGGGCUGGGGCCCGGCGACGACGGGCCCAUGGUGCCGUACGACAACCAGAGGUGCGUGGACGCGCUGGGCGCCGCUUUGGAGAAGCGCGGGGUGGCGCUGCCCCGGCCCAACGCAACUUGCGACACUGUGCUCUGCUUCUGCGGCAUCCGGCUCCACCAGAUCGGCUCGCUCCGCUGCCCCGCCGCGUUCGCCGUCGGUGCUGGCGCUGGCGCCGCGGCCAAGAACGCCACGCCCACCGCCGCCGUGAAGGGCCUGGAGAAGAGCUGCCGCAACGCCUCCUACGCCGGCUGCUCUCGAUGCGUGCAGUCCCUGCAAAAGCUGAAGGGGAACGUGAGCCGCGAGGUCUCCGGUGCCGGCGGCGACCGCGCGCGGCGGAUGCUGGGGCGGGACUGCCAGCUUAUGGGCCUCACGUGGCUGCUGGCCAAGAACAAGACGGCGUACAUCCCCACCGUCUCCGCCGUGCUGCGCGCCAUGCUCUACACCGCGCGCCCGACGGAGGCCGCCGGCGCGGCGCCGCGGUGCAGCCCCGACCAGGAGAACAUGCCGCUGGCCGUGGACUCGCUGCAGUUCGAGCGCGCCGGCAGCACCACGGGGUCCGCGGCUGCCAACGCGACGCCGCGCGGCGCCCUCCUCCUCAGCCUCGCGCUCGGCCUGACGAUCGGCCGGUGGGAUGAUGCGUUCUUGUGAACCAACGCAAAGAGGUCUGGACCGCUGCAGGGCGUAGGGUCGGUGGUGGAACCUUGUCGAUACACGUAUCUUGUAGUGCUAGUCGUUAGCAGGAGGUACUGUAGCUUAUUUUGCAUAGCGAGGAUUUGGCAGACAUGACGGCAUGCAUGGCUGUGAAGGCGAUCGUGGUGCUGCAGAUGGCUGGCCUCUGCAAGGGGAAUGUUGAUGUGGCUUUUGACAUUUCUAAUCUCGGUGGUUUCUAAUCGUGUGCGAUUGACCACUUCUGUUUUUGUGGAUGAAGAAGUGCUAAUGCACCAUUUGGAUGAACUUCUGAUUGCUGAAAGACAGAACUGUUUCCGAAUACAA